AAAAACAGCGCCCCAGGUUGCCAUGGUUCCCAUGCGAGGCUACUCAGUAAGCUGCUACGGAGCGAGUGGAUAAAAAAUGUCACAUACAGUAACUGCUAUGAUAUGUUUUCUAUAAUGUUUUGAGUUUGUGUCGUUACAACAUCCGGGAACUUUCAGUUGGAGUCCUUGGAUACCGCGCGCACGUUGUAAACAUCAACAUGAUACAAAUCUUUAGCUUUAAGUUCACAUUCACAACGUGAUGAUGAUAUGGAGGGAACUAAAGGUCAUUUAAAGGAGAUUUGUCGGGAUCCAGAGAGGUCACAGGAGAUCACUGAAUGUCUAUCAAAGAAUCUGAGUAUGAUUUAUACUACACUCUCCACUACUAGUACUACUAACUACAACACUACUAUUGCUGUAUGUGAAGAUCAUAUGGACAUCACAAAGGGAAGUCUGGAUGAUAUUUCUCGACCGGCUUCCAGUGAUCGUUCUCACGCUGGCAGUCGAGAGUCUUUCUCUGAGAUCAGAAGAGACGGACACAGAUCUCUGGAGGUGCUCAGUCCUGAUGUCACAGAUAUGAGGCAGGUUCAAGAGAGCACACAUGAGAUGAGCGAUUGUGAAGAACACAAAUCUGAUCACGAUUCUGAUGGGGAAGCUAAAGAUUCAGAUUUGGAAAAAGCCCUGAAGAAAAUGAAGAAACUGGAUGAGAUUCUGUCUCAUAAAGUUUCAGUGGAAAGAGAGGUGAAGAGGAAAAGCAGAGAACUUCAUCAGAGACUCUGGCAGGAGCUAAAGGCUGUUAGAGCGAGUCCAGAGAGCAGCGAUGAGAUGGACAACACCAGACGCUUUCUAUUAUUGACCCCUGAAAGCUUUCAGGAUUGCGGUGAAGAUGUGGAUUUUGUUCCUCUGUUUGAAACUGAAGUUCUAGAAGAUUUAAACCUGAAAUCUCAGAAAGAAGAAAACGCAGAAAGUGAUAAGACUGAAUUAGGUCAGCAGGUGAUGGAAAAUCAGACUCCAGACGUCAGACACGGAGCUGCUCAGAGCAAGCGCAGGCAAGAUUUUGUCAAGAAAAACAUUGAGCUGGCAGGGUCAUCAGUUCUGUUGACCAAUCAGGAGAGAGAGAGACUUGAGGAACUCCUCAAAGAUCUAGAAGAAGAUCAGAACAAUACAGAGCCAAUGAGUCAACAUGAGGUGUCUCUGUGUGCUGGUGUCUAUGGUGAAGGGUUCAGUCCAGAACCUUCUGAACUCAAACAUCUCCUCCAUAUUGACUCCAGACUGCAGCAGCUGCUUCCUGUCAAUGACUUCAUGUCUGUGAGAAGCUCAUGGACUGAAGCCGGCUCUUCGCAGAGUUUAGAUGAGAUGAAGAUGGGAGACAGAGUCUUGUGGUACGUGAGAGAGAGACGAGAGCAAGAGAAACGUCUGCGAGAAAUCCAACAUCAACUGCAGCUUCUGGAUGAGAUUGAGGAGACUGAUCUGAUUCAUUUAUCUGACGCUCGCAGUAUUUCUCCACACGGACGUCCAGCUCCAUUCUGAAUGAAACGGAUGAGACGAUGACAGAGUGAGAAAAGAAAUCCUGAUCACAGAGAAAAAAAAACCUCUUCAAUCAUCCACUAAUGCCGAACUAUAAGAAUCUUCUCAGUUUUAUUUAUUCCUAGUAUAAGCGUCUUUCCUUUAAAGUUUAAGACUUAGUCUGUUUGUCAUUUGGCCCUGAGCGGUUUGCCAGUCUAAUCAUCAGAAUCAGAUUUGUGAAUCAGAUUCAAAUACUUCACAAGAACAAAAUAAAAUGUUCCUUUUUGAAAUGAAA